GUCUCAAAUGGUCUUCAGCUCUCCGCCGUCAGAGUGGAAACUCGCGUCAAGUCAGUGUCGAGUGUUCACAAUUCUACAGCCUCUGGAUUUUGACGUGUGACAGGACACUGCAACCAAAACAGUUGCAGUUUGAUAGUGCAUAAAAAUAAAGACGAUUGGUAAUGAAACAGUGAUAAAAAUGGCAGAAAGUAAAGGUGCGUUAAUAGCGAAAACAGUGCAAAAACACGCCGGACGGGCAAAGGAAAAGUUAUUGCAAAAUCUGGGCAAAGUAGACCGGACACUCGAUGACAUAUUUGAAGAGCAUCUGCAGAACUUCAACCGGCAGCAUCAGCAAGCUGUGCGGCUUCAGAAGGAAUUCAAUAAUUAUAUAAGAUGCAUACGAGCCGUUCAAACAGCAUCCAAGUCUCUGAUGGAGGCGAUCACAGAGGUGUACGAGAGCGGCUGGUCCGGCCACGACCUGCUGUACGUGCAGGCGCAGAACAUGGAGAUGCUCUGGCAGGACUUCUCGCACAAGCUCGGCGACCAGGUGCUGAUACCGCUCAACACGUAUACCAACCAGUUUCCUGAAGUCAGGAAAAAGAUAGAAAAACGAGGUCGCAAGUUAGUGGACUAUGACAGUCAGAGGCAUAGUUUCCAGAACUUGCAGUCUAACGCCGCCAAGAGAAGAGAUGACGUCAAGGUGACAAAAGGCAAGGAACAGCUGGAAGAAGCGAAGCGCACAUACGAGAUACUGAAUUCGGAACUGCACGACGAACUGCCCGCACUGUACGACUCGCGCGUUCUCUUCUUUGUCAACAAUCUGCAGACUUUGUUCUCGGCUGAACAGCUGUUCCACUCGGAAAGUUCCAAGGUGUUCUCUGAAUUGGAAGCGAUCACGGACAAGCUGGCGAUGGACUCGCAGCGCGGCGGCUACAAGAAGACCAACAGCGUCGUCAAGAGCAACACGCUCAACUCGCACAACGGGAACGCGGUUCAGAGGUCAGCAGCGGAAACGGUAAAUAACGCGGAAGAUAAGGCACAAGUAGACGGGGAGAAGGAAAAAGAGAAAGCCAACAACGUAGCGAAGAGCGACGAUGUGUAUGAUAUACCUGUUGGGGCGACGCUGGCCGGGCUGCCGGCGGGCGCGCUGUACCGCGUGCGCGCCACGUACCGCUACACGCGCGAGGACAGCGACGAGCUCUCCUUCGACGUGGGCGACGUCAUCCGCGUCGUGCAGUACGACGAUCCGGACGAACAGGAGGAGGGCUGGCUAAUGGGUAUCAAGGAAUCAACAAACGAGAAGGGAAUGUUCCCGGCCAACUUCACGCGGCCGAUAUGAACGCUUCCAACGACACGCAACCACCUUCACUUGAUACACGGGUCGCCUCUGUUACGCAACGCAGCGGAAUGUUAAUGGAUAUUGGUAUGUGUUCCAGCGUCAUAAGGUUCAGAUUUAGAGGUACGUAAGUAUUCACCGGCAAUUUGUAGAAUUUACGAACGUGCUAUAUGUAAAAAGAAUUGCAACGAGAUAUAGCAGAACAGUAUUCUUUGGAGACGGUCUGCAAUUACACGCCAAAAUGAACUUUAAGUUGUAGGGUGAAAUAUCAAACUCCUUCGAAAUAUUGUAGUACAAGCUAUAUUCAAAAAGUGUACUUGUGUUAUGAAAUGUAAGAUUCUUGUUUGUUAACUAUUAACUAUCAUAAUAAAUUUUCCCAAUUGUUCGAAUUUAAAAAAAUU